AUGGCAAGUGCUGUUAACAAGAACAAAUGUUUACUAUUUGUCUUGUCUUUGAUGCAAGUCUGGUACCUUGGAUCCUGUCAGGCUAGCAAGACAGCAGAUCAUCACAGUGAUUUCUAUUCUUAUAGUGUAUUGGACAUCUCAGGCAAACAUGUCCCGCUUGAAGCAUACAGGGGAAAGGUGUCGCUAGUCGUGAAUGUUGCCAGUCAGUGCGGGUACACACACAGCCACUAUCAAGCCCUCAUUGCCUUGCAAGAACAUUUUAGUCCAACAGGGAAGUUCACUGUCCUGGCCUUUCCUUGUAACCAGUUCGGCAACCAGGAGCCUGGGACCAAUCAAGAGAUCAGGAUGUUUGCCACGCACAGAAUGGGUGCCAACUUUCCUUUGUUUGCAAAAGUGAAUGUGCAUGGACCAGAAGUAUCUCCAGCAUGGAGUUACUUGACCACACGUUCAGGUCAUGUGCCCACUUGGAAUUUCUGGAAAUAUCUUGUGGAUCACAAUGGCCAUGUACUCCGGGCCUGGGGUCCUUCAACAAGUCCUGACCAGUUGUAUCCUGAUAUUGAAGAAGCCAUAAACAACAUAGAGCAAGAUCAGAGCAACUUCAGCCAUGAUGGAUCAAAGGAUGAGUUCUAG